CUGCUGUGUCUCCUGUCUUCUCCUCCCAAACAUUUUCUAUUCGUCUGCAUUUCUCCUCCUCUCCUCUCACCCCCCUCUUCCUCUUCAUCCCUCUUUUUCAUCUCCUCCGUCCCGAAUCGGGGGGUGGUCUCCGGAGUUCAGCAGGGCACGCGCUUCGGACCGCUGGAGUUGCAGAGUUAGCAUUAGCGUAGCAGCACAGGAGCGGAGAGGAGCAGGAGGAUGGUGAUGGCUGUGAAAGACCCGGCCUGUCCCGACGCCAUGCAGCAAGUGUUGGACAAUGUACCUGAGGAGCAGCAGGCCCCCAUCGGAGGAGGAGGAGGGGGUGGAGCUAAAGACAUCGACCUGCUGUUCCUGCGUGGUAUCAUGGAGAGCCCUACAAAGCAGGAGCGGGAGGACGAGCUGCGGCUGGAGGCGGUGCAGGACAACAAUGUGGAGCUGGUGAGUGACAUCCUGGGAGACAUCAGACACCUGAAGACCAGAGACCAGAGCGCUGAGGAGCUGAGCAGGAUCCUACAGGAGCCACACUUCCAGUCCCUGCUGGAGGCUCAUGACAUGGUUGCCUCAAAGUGUUUCGAAGUCCCACCUCCCACUGAGAUGACCAAUGACGCAGCAGUAAACAGCGCUCUGAUGCAGGCAGACGCCGUCAGGAUGAUCGGCAUCAGGAAGAAGGCCGGAGAGCCUCUGGGCGUGACAUUCCGGGUGGACAAGGGUGAGCUGGUGAUUGCGCGGAUCCUUCACGGAGGUAUGAUCGACCGUCAGGGCCUGCUACAUGUGGGCGACAUCAUCAAAGAGGUGAACGGCAAAGAUGUGGGCAACAACCCCACUGAGCUCCAAGAACUACUGAAGGAGUGCAGUGGCAGUAUCACGCUCAAGAUCCUACCCAGCUACAGGGACGCACCCGCACCACCACAGGUUUAUGUGCGUCCAUACUUUGAUUACGAGCCGGGCCAGGACAGCCUGAUCCCCUGCAGAGAGGCGGGAAUGGCCUUCCACAGAGGAGACGUCCUGCAGAUCGUCAACAGGGAGGAUCCCAACUGGUGGCAGGCGUGUCAUGUGGUGGGCGGGGCCACUGGUCUCAUCCCCAGUCAGUUCCUGGAGGAGAAGAGGAAAGCCUUCGUCCCUCGAGACUUCGAAGGAUCAGGGAUGCUGUGUGGGACCCUCGCUGGGAAAAAGAAGAAGAAAAUGAUGUACCUGACGGCCAAGAACGCAGAGUUCGACCGGCACGAGCUGCAGAUCUACGAGGAGGUGGCCAAAGUCCCGCCCUUUCAGAGGAAGACGCUAGUUCUAAUUGGUGCUCAGGGUGUGGGUAGGCGGAGCCUGAAGAACAGACUGAUGGUCCUGCACCCCACCCUGUUCGGCACCACCAUCCCAUACACGUCGCGGCGGCCACGAGACGACGAGCUGGACAGGAACUCGUACCACUUCACGUCGCGCUCGGAGAUGGAGCAGGACGUGAAGGCCGGACGCUUCCUGGAGCACGGAGAGUACGAGGGAAACCUGUACGGCACCAAGAUCGAAUCCAUCCACCAAGUCGUGACCACCGGGCGAACCUGCAUCCUCGACGUCAACCCACAGGCCCUGAAGGUCCUGAGGACGGCUGAGUUCAUGCCGUAUGUGGUCUUCAUCGCUGCUCCAGACUUCGACACGCUCAAAGCCAUGCACAAGGCUGUGGUGGACGCCGGGCUCACCACCAAACAGCUCACGGACGUGGACUUGAGGAAAACUGUGGACGAGAGCGCUCGGAUCCAGAGGGCCUACAGCCACUACUUUGACCUGACCAUCACCAAUGACAACCUAGACCGAGCCUUCGACACACUCCAGAGCGCUGUGGACAAACUAACCAGCGAGCCACAGUGGGUCCCGGUCAACUGGGUCUACUGAGGGCCUCCAGGGGCCCGGUGUACUGAAGGCUCCCAAGUCCAUCCAGGGUAGAGGAGUACUUCCCCCCUUCCCCCAACUCCAUCCAGAGGCCUAGUCAAAUGGGUCUUCUGAAGGGCCCCCUAAUGUCAUCCAGGGACCCAGGCUACUGAGGCCCCCCAACAUCAUCCAGGGGCCCGGCGUUACUGGGAAAUGCCCUGACUCUACUGUGGGCCCCCUAACUUGGACACAAACAUUCCUGCUCCUCCCUGGCUGCACAAAAGGUUUUCUACGCGCUUAUUUAUUUUAUAACUUUUUAUGAAUCUUUCUACUGGAGCUGAAUUGGAGUGAACGUAAACGGGUCUGAUGUGGGUCAUGUUUGUACCUUUUAUUUAUUGCUUGAGAUUGGAUAGCUGGUUUUGUGCCGUCUUCAAGGAGACAUCAGGGCCCAGACCAUUACACCAUCGUCUCGUGUCAAAAAAACGUUUUGUCUCGUCUCAUUUCAAAAAACACCACUCACCGUCGUCACAAACUGUUCCUUUAACACUAAACAGUCACUAUGUUUGCGUAUAAGGAAGUACAUUUCAAAUAUAGCAUCUUAAAAUUGAAAUUUGUUGUUUAGAAUGAACAUUAAAUAAAUAAAAAGUUGACACAAUAUAUUUAAAUAAUAUGCAAACUUAGUGACUGUCUCCUGUGUUGCAUUUUUUUUGUUUGUAGUUGUGUCACAGUAGAUGUAGACAAAAGUUUAGACGACGUUAAAACAUGCAUCUCCCUCCAUUUUAGCGUAGACAUCUGUCAAAACUACGUUGAUGGUACUUUUGUAUAUUAUGGAGAAGACGUGGUAGUGCCCCAAAGUAAAUCCUUUAGCUUUAACUGGGAUAUUUCAAUAUUACAAUUUGUAAUAUUUGCCAGUUAUGAUGGCAAUGUACAUUUGGAUUACAAUUUGAAAGAUUAAAUAACACAUACGUUGCAAGUUAUGUCACCUUUAGAUUUAUGGUAAGAAACUACAAUUAAGAACGUGUCAUUGGAAAGACAAAAAAAUGCACAAAAAUCUGGUAUUUUCAAAGGAAGGACACAAAAAUUUGAACUAAAUUAUAUCUGUGCCACAAGAAACACAAAUGUUCACAUCAUUUCAUAUUGUUGACGUAAAGCUUCUGUCACUUAGACUCAGAGUUGGAAGAGGAACCACAACUUUUACAGAAGUAAGAGUACUGCAAGACUGUACAGUAUAUUACUCAAGUAGCAGUAAAAGUAUGGUGUCUAAUAACUACCAAAAUAUUAUCCUCUUCUGUAUUAAAUUCUUUAAUACUGAACUAUCCCAUGAGUUCUUUUGUUUCCAUUUUGAAGUGUCUGGACCUUUUAGCCAUAUUUAAAUUAGCCAAAAAACCCUUUUCUUGGUGCUAUAUUUAAGCUGCAGUCCACUUACCUGUGUCAUGUGCAUAUCCUGUUUUUUCUGUCAAAUUAAAACAACGUCCAAACCUAUGCAUCUACUUUGUGAAUGUCAUAACUGUAGUCUGAAAGUUUUCUAUUAAAAA